AUGGCAGUUCACAGUUGCGAUGUUUUACCAAGUAGAAGCAAGAAUUUCACGUGCCCUGUCGCUUCCACUUUCCGUUGGUACAUUAUUAGCAAACGCCAUAUGCCGACAAAAAACGCCCAUGGUGCCCAGAAGCAGGUGUUCAUAUGUGGUUGGUCUCAAUUGGGGAAGGCUGAGGCUGGAUGGCGAUACAAAAUUCCUACCUGUGGUUUCAACUUGCACCAUUUCUAUUCUAUUUCUAAGAUGUUACUGAGAAGUUCCUCCGCACCAAUUCUAACUUCAUUGGUGCUCUAUUCCAAAGACUCCUCCUCCGAACCAGAACACAUUUUUCAGCUACCUAAAACGACAUCAGCUUUAUGUCUAAGCCAAAUCUUGGCAGAGAUAGACCAUAAAAACUCACCUAGUCCUAAGAGAAAAAAUCGUGUGCCUCUUGGUAAUAAUGUUCUCAAAAAUCAACAGUGUAUAAAAAUCAAAGAAAGAGAUGAAGUGAAAAAUUCACAACAAAAGACUUAUAUGAAAUCGCAACUUUCAAUUCAAGAACUGUUUUCAAGUUUGGAUUUAGAUAAGGGAGUCAUGGAUCAUGAAGAGUCUUGUGCGGGAAAGAGAGGUAGUGGCUUGCAGACUUCGGAGAUGGGUAGUGGAAUGGGGAGUGAUGGUGGUUGGAUUUGUGGUGGUUGUAAUGGCAGUGGAAAAGGUUCAAAUGGUGGACAUGGAAGAGGAUGGAGUUUCCAUGAGGGAAAUGAUCGUGGUAGAAAUAGGACAGAUGCUUAUUACCAGAACAUGAUUGAGGCAAACCCCAGUGAUGCUCUUUUGCUGGGAAAUUAUGCUAAGUUUUUGCAAGAGGUUUGUGAAGACUAUCCUAAAGCAAAAGAGUAUCUCGAAAGGGCUAUUUUGGCUAAUCCUGAUGAUGGUCAUAUUCUCUCCCGCUAUGCUGAGUUAAUAUGGCAAACAGAGAAGGAUGCUGAUCGAGCUGAAGGAUAUUUUGAUCAAGCCAUUAGAAGUGACCCAGAUGAUUGCUAUGUGGUAGCUUCAUAUGCUAAAUUCCUUUGGGAUGCCGAAGAAGACGAGGAAGAUAAAGACUGCCAAAGUAAAUCGGAUCACACAUAUCCAACUGAUCUCUUUCAUGAAACUAACCAUUACCUUCAUAUAACUGCAGCCCCAAAAGCCUUACCACUGUUUCUCAGGUGA